AUGCAUUCUCUGUUGGAGUUUGAUUAUUCCCAGUUAUCCUAUUUUCAUUCAUCUAUUUAUUUAGUUAUUUCUUGUUGGAUUGUACUCCUCACUUUGCCUUAUUUUAACUUUCGUUUGGAUAUUUUUCAUUCGAGUUUGGAGUUUUUUUUUUCAUGGAGUUUGAUUAUUCCCGGUUAUCCUAUUUUCAUUUAUCUAUUUAUUUAUUUAUUUAUUGUUGGAUUGUACUCCUCACUUUGCCUUAUUUUAACUCUCGUUUGGAUAUUUUUCAUUCGGAAUUUUGGGCAUUCCGGGACGGACCGCUUGACGACUUGCUUGAGGGACUGAAUGAUCGACUGAAGACGACUGUACUCUCUUCCAAAGCAAAUGGGACUUUUAUAGUAUACAACCGAGCUUUCUGCGGAUGGAAUCAGUUCGCAAACGAUAAGUUAAACGGGAAAGCCUUUCUCGCUAGCUCUUUUCAUGUGGUUUUGUAUUUACAACAUCUUCUAGAGGAAACCCACUAA